CAGCACUCCGUCUCUAGAUCAUGUAAAUAAGCCAUCGGGAUGCGGCAUGCCACUCCGCUAUACUCUCCCCAGCGCGGCGUGGUCCGCUCAGCUUCCCCUUCGAACGGCAAUAUGGCAAACAUGGACCUGCCCUCGCCUCUUCCACGCUUCCCCGCGCGCCCUCCGCCUUGACACAAACCCCAGCGACGACGCAUCCAACCACUAUGAGACCCUCAACGUCCACCCAGACGCCUCCCCGGCCGAAAUCAAACGAUCCUUCUACCUCCUCAGCAAGCGCCACCACCCAGACCACAACCCCACCGACCCCUCUUCGCCGACCCGCUUCAUGCGCAUAAGCGAAGCCUACGCGACGCUCUCGCACGCCGAGAAGCGCGCGCGCUACGACCGCGACGUGAUGCGCCUCCGAAGCAACCCUCACUAUCACCACCAUCCGAAGGGCUCAUACCACAGCACGGGCCCCGCAGGCGGCCGCCCGGCGUCCGGGCUCAGCAAUCGCAGUAGUAGAAGAGGAACCUACCAGGGCCCUCCACCAAGCUUUUUCCGCUCGGGCGGAUGGGGUGCGCACGCAGCAAAACGCAGGGCCGCGCACGAGGAGAGUACCGGGUUUUACGGGACACGUGCAACCGCUUCUUCUUCUUCUUCUGGUGGGAGGAGUUCCGGCACGGGAAUGGGCAGGGGCGGUAUGGGCCCCGGACAAGACCCGUUCGGCCACCAUCAUGACGUGCCGCACUUUGACCGCGCAGCGCACGAGCGGGAGCAGAGGAGGCUGGACGAGCGGCGGGCGCACCGCAUGGCCAGGCAGCGCGGGGUCGACAUUGACCACCCUGAAUCGCCCGUGACCAUGGGUUUUCUGUCCACCUUGGCCAUCCUGGUCGUCGUGGUCAUGGCGCCGGUGGCGUUUAUAGGGAGCAGGGCGCCUGCGUCUCCGCCUCCGAGAGGAGGAGGGGAGAAAGAGGGUAGUAAUGAUAACAAGGAGAAGGAGUGGAUGGCAAGAUAA